CAUAUAUAUACGUUGUUUUCUGAGCCCCAAACACAUUAAAAUAAAACGAAAAGAGACUCAACCCGCCCUCAUCAUCAUUGUACCAAUCGAAAACCGCACCCGCUGCACGUGCCUUCGAUAAUCCAAGAACCCAACCCCUCCCUUGUCCCUUGCUUCUUCAAGAACCGUGCCCUUUCAUCGGAUCGAUCACACAAUCCUUCAAUCCCUUUUUGUUUUUCCUUUCCCAUCAUCAUCAUCAGUAGCUGUGUCGUUCUUCGUCGAGAAUGAGGUUGUUUGUAUUAUUCACCAUCAUCAUCAUGCACCAUGUCCAUGUGGAGCUUUUGUAGUACGUUACCGUACGGAAAUCAUUAGCUGCUUCUUGUGCCGUAUCUUUCUUGUUUAUGCUUUUCUUUGCGUCCUUGUCAGAUAUAGACAUAUACAUACAUACAUACAAAUACAUACGUAUAUAUAUAUACAGAAAACAAAAGAAUGACGGGGCAAGCGGUGAAGCUGAAUAGAGCCAAGCUUGAGGCAUGCUUAACAUGUCCUUUGUGCAAUAAAUUGUUCAACAAUGCCACCACCAUUUCAGAAUGCUUACACACUUUUUGCAGGGGAUGCAUAGAUAAGAAGCUAAUAGAUGAGCAACUAAAGCACUGUCCAGUAUGCAAUGCUGACUUGGGUUGUUCUCCACUUGAUAAAUUAAGGACAGAUCAUAGUUUACAAGAUUUGAGGAACAAAAUUUUGCCUGAAGAAGGAAAAAAAAUUGCCAAGACACCUAAGAAUUGUGCGAAAAGAAAGAAGAAAUCUCUGUCUUCUCUAGAAGCCAACGCAACAGGAGCAAAAGCUGCUACUCCUGAGAGAGAAGUUUCCGCACCUUCGCAACCGAAUUGUUCUUCUCCUAAGCCUGAAAAGGUGGAGGAAGAUGUCAGGAAAGACGAAAAACAACCGCGGAGGAUAGGAAUCUUGGAUGAAGUCUCUACAAAGUUAACUGCAAGAAGAGCUAAAGUUGUAGCAAGAAAAAAGUACCUUCUGAAAGAGUUAACAUCAUCUUGUGAACCGGAUAAAGUAACCGAAGAUCAGAGGAAAGAAAAUGAUGACCGGUUUCAGCUUGAAAUUUCCAAUGACAGUUCCAAAGCCAGAGUUCAGAAUCCUUCAAAACCAGAUUCAAGUCAACAAAUAGUGCCAAACAAGAUUCCAAUUGACAAUGUUGAAUCAUGGCAAGAAGCUCUUGAUUUGUGUGAGCCAUUAAAUUCCAUUGUAGAAGCUGCAAGGAAGAACAAAUCUUGCAGUAAGUCCACUAUGCAAGAACAUGCUGUCAUUCCAUCAGUAAAGUCAAGUGACAAUGAUGGCCAGCCUAAGGUUGAAAAUGGUGAUGAGAAUGAAUCGAAUCGUUUGAGAUCAUCGGAUACAAAAGGAAGAAAACUCAAAUUCUCUGAGGACUUGAAUGUUCCAGUACAGCAGCCUGUGAUUACUUCAAAUGGUGAAAGCAACAGAGGGUUUGAUCCAGUUUGGUUCUCCUUGGUUGCUUCUGAAGUGAACGAAGAAAGUGCAAAAUUGCCAAAAAUAACCCCCAGCUACUUAAGGGUCAAGGAUGGUAGUUUACUUGUUUCCCAUAUCAAAAUGUAUAUAGUGAAGAAGCUUGGUCUUGUUAGCGAAUCCGAGGUGGAGAUCUCGUUGCAAGGUAAACCGGUUCUACCUUGCAUGCAACUGCAAAACUUGGUAGAGUUGUGGCUGCAAACAAAGCCAUUGAAUGAGAAGAUUCAAACACAUGUUGGAAGCUCAGCUAAGGAUUUUGUUAUGGUCCUUUCAUAUCAUCGAAAGUCUUGAGAGCUCUCAUAUCAAUUAAUCGCCGUUACAUUCUUUUGGAAUCAAUUUAUAUACAUUGGCAUUCUUGAAGGUUGACAAUAGUCUUCAUCGUUGGUCAAAACAAAGGAAUAUGUUUUUCUGUUAACUAUAACUAUAUAUGACUUCUUCUUCUUCUUAUUAUUAUUAUGUUUUGUACGCAUGCAAAAGAGAUCCAUGACCAAUGUUUUUUUGGUUUUAG